AUGGGGAAUUCUCAAAGCCACUCAUCUGAGCCCUUUACCGAGAACGGUGUAGAAAAGUAUGCGAAAUUUGAUGACGACUGGUUUGCCGAAGGAGCUUCCAGAUACGCCUAUCGAGGUAAAAUAAACUCCGUCAGUAUGGGAUGGUUCAAACGCAGUGAGCGAUGCGUCGUAAAACUGUACAAAGAGAAGUACUCUGCCAGAUUGAAAGAAGACGCUUGGAAAGCGGACAAUCGCGCCUCCUUGAAAGCACAAGAAACAUCUGUGGCGUUUAACGUCCACUACAGCGGUAAAAGCUCUGCAAGGGUAGAGGUUCUCACUCCUACCAUCUCCCAAGUCAAGACGUUUGCUGCUCACAAGCAGCUAGUAGGAGACCCUGUUCCUAAAACGAUUCGCGGAACCCAUAUUGGACGUACAGCGAAAGCCGAUGUGAUGGUCCCUGAGGGUGCCUCAGUAGCAAUUGAGCGUUUACUUCCGGGACGGUACGUCCACUUCUUAAGCAAUUCUUCUUACGUCAACCCCGACGUGGAUACCCUUGUUCCAGAAGCCUUCUCCCACUUCACGUACCAUGAAUCAGAGGGCGAGAUUCUAGUGAUGGACUUACAAGGAGUUUACAACGGGAAAAGCUACGUCUUCACCGAUCCAUCAGUCCAUAGCAUGGAGAAACAUGGGAAGAAGUUCGGCUACUACGGCCCUGCCGAUCUCGGGGUGUACGGCGUGAUGAAGUUCUUCCUAGAUCACAAAUGCAAUCGCUUGUGUAAAGGGUUACUAACACCGGACACGUCAGGUAUUCCAAUUGAAAUGAGGGGGGAUUUGAUCCAGGCCAUUAAAGCUAUCGAAGCAAGAAGUUCUACAACUUACACAUACGAGUUGGUGGUUAACUCCGGCCUUGCGGCCGAAAAAUUGCAAAAUCUGCACACCGAAAUUGCCCAAGCGCUUACUAAGAGUGGUUCUACGAUUCCGGAAACGGUUUGCUAA